UCUGUGUGCGUGCUUUGGCCCAUGUGCGUGAGGAAUCGCGUGCGCCAGUGUGUGUAGGUAAUACUAGCAGCGAGGCGAAGAAGAAACGCUGAAAAUUAAGGUUAGAGAGCAGCAGCCACCAAACAGCCAGCAGAAAAGGAAAAAGCAAGGAAAAACAAGAGCAGCUAGGAAAAUAGAAGAAAAAAAGCACACACCCAGCCACAAAAAUCAUGGACAGCGCCGGUAAAAAUCGUUAUGAACUCUUGUUCAUGGACGACGAUGUCAGCGAUCCAUUAGAUAAUCUUGUGGCGCCGACGACGGCCGCCGCUGCCGCAGCAGCAGCAGCAGGCAAGAAGAAGCAGCAGCCAUCAGCUGGUGCAGCGGCCACCAAAACGAGCGCCAAGGUGAACAACAAGGCGACUGCAGGAUCCAAUAUCACUGGUGGACCCAAUGCCAAGAAACCAAAUCAGGCCGAAAAGGAGAACAAGCCCAAUAAUGCUCUAAACAAAACAGCCGCCGAUGGCAAAAAGUUUGCCCCUUCCUCAGAUAAACAGUUCAACAACAACAACAAACAGCAGGGUGCUCCACGACCAGGCGGUGGCGCCAACCGAACACGUGAAUUUGGCAACCGUGAAGGACAGCAGGGUCAAGGACAAGGCGGCCAGCAGCAGCGCAGCGUCAACUUCCGUCAACAGAAUGGCAAUGGCAACAACACAGAAACCCGCGAGCAGCGCAACAAUCGCCGGAAUGUCCGCGAAAACGGAGGAGCACCCGAUGGCCAGCAGACGCGUCCUUACCGUCAAGGCGGCCAAGGAGGUGGAGCUGGGGGAGAUCGCCCGCAGCGACAGAACCGCAACUACGAUGGCCAGAACAGGAAGCGCGAAUUCGACCGCCAGUCGGGAUCCGAUAGAACCGGUGUUAAAUCAAUUGACAAGCGGGAUGGAGCUGGAUCCCACAACUGGGGAUCGGUCAAGGAGGCUAUCGAUGAUGUGAACAAGAACGAAAGCGAGACCAAUGUGAGCAAUGCCGAGGGUGGUGGAGCCAAGGCCGACGAAUCUGGCACUGAGGAAAAGACCGAGCAGCAGAUUGCCGCCGAGGAGGAGGCCAAAGAACUGACCCUGGACGAGUGGAAGGCACAGCAGGGACAACGCAUCAAGCCGACCUUCAACAUCCGCAAGGCUGGCGAAGGUGAGGACACCACUCAAUGGAAGAAAAUGGUCGUCUUGACUAGCAACAAAAAGAAGGAGAACGACAGCGAAGAGGAGCUCGAAUACGAUCCUGCCCUGUAUCCACAGCGCGUGGGCAGGCAGCAGCGCGUCCUGGACAUUCAGUUCAACUUCAACGACGGUCGUCGCGGCGGACCCGGUGGCUUUGGAGGACGCGGUGGCCGUGGAGGACCACGACCAGGUGGUGGAUUCGGUGGCGGACCACGCAGCGAAGGAGGCAAUCGCGAGGGCCGAGACAACCGUGAGGGUGGCCGGGACAACCGUGAAGGUGGCGGAAACCGCGGUGGUCAGCGGGAUGGUCAGCGUGAUGGGCAAUCUGGCAGGCAGGAGCAGCAUCAUAAUAACGACGGCGGUGCUCCGUCCGCCCAAAACCAGAGGCCGCCCAUCGAGCGUCGUGGUCCCGGUGGCAAUAACCAAAACAACAAUCAGAACAACAGCGGUCCAGGGCAAAAUAAGCGUUUCGAGCGACAACAGAACACCGCUCCCAAGGUGAAUGAUGAGCGUCAGUUCCCCACACUGGCUUAAAGAGGAGGUUGCUCCUCAAAUUGCAGUUUUGGUGACUGAAAAAUUAUGAUGAAGGGAGGAGAUAGAGCAGCAGCAAGUUACCAAAAUGAAAUCUUAUAAAUUACAUAUAUCACAGACAACAAACUUUUUAAAAACGUAAAUCCAAGAGAUGAGGAGUUAAAUGAAGAAGUAACAAUUGUAGCCGCCAUAUAAGCCAAAAGCAACAAAAAAUACCAACCAACAAGCUAAGCGAAAAAAAAUGGAUAAUAAAUUAUAAAUACAUAUUUAAAUAUAUGAAGAGAAAACACACCACACACGAAAAGCAAUUUUAGUUUAUGCGUGGCCAACUAAUCAGGAUUUUACCCAGAUAAAAUCGCGAUCAAGCAAGUGACCUCGUGUAAACUAGUCAGAGUCAGGCUAAGUCAUCUUCAUUAGGGAUUUUACAUCUAUGUAAUGUCUGUUCCCGGUCGACGAGAUUUGUUUCGAGAUUUUUCUAUAUAAAAAAAAAAAGAAACGGCAUGGGCGGGCAUAGAAAUUGUUUUAUUACAUCAACAAAAAUCAGAUGUAAAGUUGUUUUUUUUAUGUUAUUACCAAUCACUUAAUCAAAAAUCAUCCUAUCUAAUAAUACAAAAAAAAACAAAAUGCAGUCGCUAACCAGUGAACAAGGCGAAUAAAAUAAACUACAAAUAAAAUAUAUAAUAUACAACAUCACGGCCUGACAAAUUCUUCUAUUACAAAAAGAAGCAAAAUACACUGAAUACAUUACAAUAGUUUGUUUUCAUCGCGUGAAAACAGUAAAAGCAUUUUCAUUACUCAUAUAAUUUUUUGUUCUAUUACGAAUCACAUUUUCGUAGCGAAAUAUGUACGUUUUAUUAUUUUUACUAUGUUAACUUUUAUUUAAAAUAAAUAAAAACAAAAUGGACAAAUAUUAAAAUCAGUAGUUGGAAAAAGAAACCUAAAUCCCGAAAGAAUAGUAAGUGUUAAAACCUUUGUAAUUGUGUUUCUCGGAUGCAAAUUCUAUAAUUAAACAUUUAAAUUUAAUAAUUAUAAAGCAAACUAUGCAUCAUAUAUACUACUUUUAAUUAUAAAAAAAACCAAACUAAACACACACACACACUGAAAUACAAAAACAAAACAAUAUUAAUUUAAGCAUUAUUAAAGAAAUAAAAACAAAAAUAUGAAUUAACUAUUGGAGCAAAUUAUAAACCUUUAAUAAGUAGAUUUACAGUCGGAGGAGGGCCGCUUUCAAUAAAAACCUAUUUGAAGUCAGAUGGUAACGAAAAAAAAAACCACUCGUAAUACGAAGAUCCCUGUAAAAUCGUUUGCUUCUAUUAAUUAGAAACUGUAUAAAUUAUAUGAGAUAUAUAUUCUACAUACAUGGUAAAAUCAAUUUUAUGACGGCAAAAACAAAACACACAAAACAAAAGUAUAAGAAAGCAAAUUAAGGAAAUGAGAAGAACUGUAGAUGAACAAAAUAUACGACAUUUUU